AUGAUGCUUCGCGGCCGACCGGCGCUGCUGGCCUUUGCGGCAGUGACUGCCGUCUACCUGCUGUGGCUGUUCCCGUCGGCGCUCGAAACCCAGGAUACGGUUGAGCUGUGCAAAAAGUUCGAGUGGAGCGUGUAUCCCGAGUCGCCGAAGCGCGGACGGCGCCGCAUCUACGACCUGUUCCUCAUCAACACCGAGACGGACUGGCUCGAGGUCCGCCUGGGCACCAUGUACGACCAGGUCGACUACUUCGUCGUGGUCGAGUCCAACCGCACCUUCACCGGCAAGGACAAGCCGCUGAUUGUCAAGGACCGCUGGGCCGAGUGGGCCAAGUUCCACAAGAAGAUGGUUUACCACCAGGUGCAGGUGCCGGCCAGCUUCCAGCCGCAGAGCGCCUGGGAGACGGAGGGCUUCAUGCGCAACGCGCUGCUGGACCAAGCCGUCGAGCAGCUGCCCGCGGCCAAGAAGCCGCGCCUGGGCGACGUGCUCAUCGUCUCCGACGCCGACGAGGUGCCGCGGCCCAGCACGCUCGAGAUCCUGCGCGCCUGCGACAUCCCCGUGCGCGUCACCCUCUGGAGCCAGUUCUUCUACUACAGCUUCCAGUUCCGCCAUCGCGGCACCGACUGGCACGCCCCCCACGCGACCUUUUACAACGGCAUCGACACGGUGCGGCCCGACGACCUGCGCAGCGGUAAGGGGCUCGACGACGUACCCCAGGGCGGCAUCGGCAACUCCUCCUGGCACUGCUCGUCGUGCUUCCGCACCGUCAAGGAGUUCCAGACCAAGCUGCUGUCAUUCUCGCACACCGAGUACAGCGGCGAAAAGUACCGCGACCCGGCGUGGAUUGCCGACCACGUGCGCGCCGGCAAGGACAUGUACGAGCGGGACAGCGAGAUCUUUGACCGCGUCGACGACAACGCCGACAUCCCGGACCACAUUGCGCGGCACAAGGACAAGUUUUCCUACAUGGUGAGCCGGGACGGGGACUCGUCUGGCUUUGCCGACUACCCUUGA